AUGCCAGAACCAACAGCAACCCAACUUCCUUUCGAGCCCAUGGCGAACCACUUCGUAUCAACGUCGGAGAUUACAGUUGACGGCAUCGAGACGAAACUGCAAGCAGCCAAGAACAAGCUCAAGGCCGCGUUGCAGCAGCACCACGGAUCCACGAAGAAUCCUGAUGUCAUGGCGGCCGUUGACGAGUUGGUUGCUAUGAACCCCACCAAGAACGCCGUUGCUUCCCCUCUGCUUCUUGGUGAGUUUAUCGCGCAUACGUCUCCUGACUUUCCCGGUCGUAUCAAGCCAGCUGCGGGUCAAGAGACUGUUGUCCAGUACACGAUGGGUCGCCUGUCCUUUGGCAUCUUCCAGCCCCAUCAUUUGGUCUGUACCAUUCGCUCGGUCCGCAACAGCAUCCUCGAAUGCGAGGAGGAGGAUCUCCAAGUGGACGGUCAAAAGACCUUUGUCUAUCCCAUCCAGAUCGAUUUGACCAUUCACACUCCCAAGGGUGAUUUGCCAGCGACCAUGUGUCAUUCCGCACUCUGUUAUGUCCUCCCCGACCAUGAGAACCGUCUUGGCGUGACCUUUCGUGGAGGCUCCUUGACGCCCACCUAUGAAGUUCGGUCCGACCCCAAACGAAUGGCGGUCUGGGAAGAAGUCUUUGACUCUGCGUACUCCAAGGCGGAACAGGAACGAUCCUUGAUGGCAUCUGUCCUCCAGUACAUCUUCAAGGCCGUCUUCCAGCUAUCUACUCCCACCGACGAAGAUGCCAAGAAUGACAAGCAGCAUGCUGUCAAGUUCGACAUGAAGCGAUCUCCUCGGGGCUACUUGGACGUCCUCUACCUCGAUGAAGACAUUCGAGUGACUCGCGGAAAUCGAGGCACCAUCAUUGUCGUCGAACGUGUCCCGUCGUCCACCAAGAGGGUCUUUCGCCAGGCACCAGCCUUGAACUGA